AUGUGACUCCAGCACACAGCAUCUCGUUCUUCAGAGGAGUGUGAGGUUCCCUGCAUUUCUCACCCACCUCCUCUCUCCUGCUCUCUCCUCCUCUCUACUGCUCUCUCGUCGUCCUUCUUCACAGCCAGAAUCACACAGUCCGCAUUCUUCUCUCCUUCUGUUUCACGCUCCCUCACCUUCUCUCUCCGUUUCUUUCUCUUCCACGGUUUCUCUCGUAAUAGAGAGGGAUGCAGCAUGUGGCAGGCUGUGGCUCUGUGGCUGCUGAUAGUCGGGAAUCUGCUCCAAGUAUCCGUGCAAGGUCCUCACCAGCGCUUUCUGCUCAGAGAGCUGCUGAGGGACUACAACCGCAUGGAGAGACCGGUGGCCAAUGACUCCCACCCACUCACUGUUCAGUUCUCCUUCACCCUAAUGCAGGUCAUGGAUGUGGAUGAGAAGAAUCAGAUUCUCACCACCAAUGCCUGGCUACAGAUGCAGUGGUAUGACCACUACCUCCAGUGGAACCAGUCAGAGUACCCUGGAGUUAAGAACCUGCGUUUCACCCCUGCCACCUUUAAAACCAAUGUGUUGGUUAACUCCAGUGGCUUCUGUGAAUAUCUGCCCCCAGGAAUAUUCAUCAGCACGUGCAACGUGGAUGUGCGAUGGUUUCCGUUUGACAUCCAGCGUUGUGAGCUCAAAUUCGGCUCCUGGACAUUUGACGGAUGGCUGCUGGACAUCCAGAUGAAGGAGGCUGAUGUGUCGGGAUACAUGCCCAACGGAGAGUGGGACCUGCUGGAGGUUCCUGGGGAUCGUCACGAGGUCUUCUACGACUGCUGUGCGGAGCCCUACCCGGACGUAACCUUUGUGGUGACAUUACGGAGGAGGACGCUGUUUUAUGCUCUCAACCUCCUCAUCCCCUGUGUGCUCCUCUCCUCCAUGACCCUGCUGGUCUUCCUGCUCCCUGCCAACUCUGGGGAGAAGAUCAGCCUCGGCAUCACAGUUCUGCUGUCUUUGACUGUCUUCAUGCUGAUGGUUGCAGAGAUCAUGCCCGCCACCUCGGACUCUGUGCCUCUGAUUGGUCAGUACUUCGCCAGCACAAUGGUUAUUGUUGGGAUGUCAGUUGUGGCCACAGUCAUCGUCCUCCAGUUCCAUCAUCACAGCCCCGACAGCGGACAGAUGCCUCGUUGGGUGAACUUGGUUCUGCUGCAGUGGGUCCCUUGGUUCCUCCGUAUGAAGCGUCCCGGUGAGGGAGCAGACCCAGUUCUCGCCAACAGUCAGGCCGACUCUCAGAGCAAGACCCUCUCCUCUCCCACCACCACCACCACCACCGCCACCAUCCCCACCCCGGUGCCCUCCAUCUUCCCCCAGCAUCUCAGCUCCCUGCAGGCCAGCCUCGCCCAGCUCAACCACCCUGUGUUGCACCCGCCCCCGCAGGCCGCCAGUCUCCCGAACCCAAGCCCCAGAGAGCCCGGCCCCGGCACACACCCGCAGCCCAACGGCCAUCUGCCCUACAUGGGAUUUCAGACCUUCCAGACCACGGCAGAGCCGGAGCUGGUGCAGAGGAACCGAGCCACCAGCCUUGGGAGGGUGUACAUCUGUGGGGAGGAUAGAGAGGGCGCAUCGGGAGCAGCGGGAGGAGCAGGAGACACACCCAUCCAUCACCAGCUUCCACCAUCCAAGUGUGGGAGCGCCCUGCAGGAACCUCCAGCGUCCCCAGACCCCGAGCCGCCCGUCGGCCCCUCGGGACCCUGUGGCCUAGAAGCCCGGGCCGCAGCGGGGCGCUCGGUGGCCAUGCACACCAGCGGCGUGGUCCGGGCCGUCGCCGUGGACAACCAGCUGCAGGCCCUGUUGGUGGAGGUGCAGUUCCUGGUGGAACGCGUUCGCGAGCAGGACCGGCAGCUGAGCUUGGCCGAGCAGUGGCAGUUCGCUGCGGCCGUCAUCGACCGGCUGUGCCUGGUGGGAUUCAGCGUCUUCAACAUCAUCUGCACCAUCGCUAUUCUCAUGGCCGCGCCCAACUUCGGAGAGGCGCUGUCCAAAGACUUCCUCUGAGAAGAUUGUGAUGGGGCUGAAGGAUUUGCUGGAAGCACAAUUGCUGUUGAGGACACUGUGACAUACAACAGCGAACAUUUCCUGGUGCACGAGUGGGAAAAAGUGGACGGUGACACGUGGAGGGGACUAAUAUUGAACUGUUUCCUUCCUGAAUUCAUGUGCACUCUGGGCAGCAUGACGACGUUUGUGACGUAUUUGUGCUACGGUGUUUACAACGUGAAGUCAUUCAGCAGAAAAAAAAUCAAUCAAUCCAGAUGUGCUGCAUGAAGAUGACAGAGCCUCCUACAGGAGUGUCUGAGACGCUAACGGGGCAAUAACGGCAGCACAGGGCGAAGCUCUGAUGCUCACGAUGAUGAACACAGCUCACACAGUACACGCGCCCUCUGGAGCUUUUUCAUUUACGUCGUAGGAGUUUGAGUUGAAUUUUGUUUUUCAUCAGUGUUUUUUAUUGAUAUUGUCAAAAAUAUUGUGAUCAGUAUCUUUAGACACUGGAACUGGAGCUGACAAUAGAAAAAGGUUUCACAUCAAUAAAUGUAUUGGAAUGAUGUCA